AGUACAGCAGCCGGCCGAGUUAAGUCCUGGGCAAGGAUAGUCCGUCGGCGCCGUCCGAGGGAAUUAGUUUCGCCGCGUGUUGCUCCGCGUGAGAAGCCAACCCACGAGCCCAAAAGCGUCUUUGUGUCAUUUCGGUGCGCGCACGUGACCGUUAAUAGACAGGGCACGAAAAUGACAAAGGACGCUUUUUGGCCCGUCCCGCCAUGAACCAUGGUGAUCAGCGUGUUCGCCAUUCUGUGGUACCUGGGCCGGCAGCUGCUGGUGGCGCCCCUGCGCCCCCGCGCCCCCUCCGUCUCAGGGGCAGCAGCCUCAUCGCCCUCAGGCUUCCACGCGAGGGGUUGGGUUCGAACCUCGGCGGGUUCGGACGAUUUGCUCACAAGACGCAGAACCUCCUCAUGCUCCUCCUACAUCAAACUGCAAAGGGUGCCGCGCAGGAGAACCUCCAGCCGAAUCAAAGAAGGUUUUGACGUUGAAAAUGGUGCCUCCCCUGGACGCAGCCCGCUGGACGGAGCUUCUCCCUCGGCGGGUCUCGUCCUGCAGAACCUGCCCCAGCGGAGAGAGUCCUUCCUGUAUCGCUCCGACUCAGACUUCGAGAUGUCGCCCAAGUCCAUGUCGCGGAACUCAUCAAUCGCCAGUGAGAGAUAUAAGGAGACUGAAGUUGCAGAUCGGUCCCACGGGGAAGACCUCAUCGUCACACCCUUUGCGCAAAUCUUGGCCAGUCUUCGCAGCGUGCGCAACAACUUCCUCAACCUCACCAAUGUGCCAAUUAGCAAAUCUAGAAGAUCUUCUGCGGCGCAGCAAAGUGGUGCGGCACCCCCAGUCAAAAAUCUUGUACCUGGUGAUGAGGGUUACGUGAAGAUGGCUGUGGAGACGAUGGAGGAGCUGGACUGGUGUUUGGACCAGUUGGAAACCAUCCAAACCCACCGCUCCGUCUCCGACAUGGCGUCGCUUAAGUUCAAGCGGAUGCUCAACAAAGAACUGAGCCACUUCUCCGAGUCCAGCAAGUCAGGAAACCAAAUAUCUGAGUACAUCUGUUCCACAUUCUUAGACAAGCAGCAGGAGCUUGACAUUCCGUCCCUGCGAAUCGAGGAAUCGGCGAACGCGCCCGACGGCAGGAGCUCCGGGGCGCCGGGCGGGCCCGCGUCGGCCGCCGGCAAGAAGAAGGAGCGCGGCCGCCAUGGCUCGGGCACCAUGUCGCACAUCCAGGGGGUCAAGCGACCUCUGUGUCACACCAACAGCUUCACUGGAGAGAAGUUGCCCACCCACGGCGUCGAAACACCGCACGAGGAGGAGCUCGGAAAGAUGCUGGCGGACAUCGACAAGUGGGGCAUUGACAUCUUCAGAAUUGGAGACUUUUCUUGUAAUCGUCCCUUGACUGCAGUUACCUACACUAUUUUCCAAGAGCGAGACCUUCUAAAGACGUUCAUGAUCCCCUCCAAGACCUUGGUCACUUUGAUGAUGACCUUGGAAGACCACUACCUUAAGGAUGUCCCUUACCACAACUCUCUUCACGCGGCAGACGUCACCCAGUCAACAAAUGUUCUGCUCAAUUCGCCAGCACUAGAGUCUGUCUUCACCCCGUUGGAAAUUGUGGCCGCGAUUUUCGCAGCAACAAUCCACGAUGUCGAUCAUCCUGGACUGACCAACCAGUUCCUCAUAAAUUCAAGUUCAGAGCUCGCUCUCAUGUACAAUGACGAGUCAGUAUUAGAAAACCAUCAUUUGGCGGUGGCCUUUAAGUUGUUACAAAACGAGGACUGCGAUAUUUUUGUCAAUCUCGGGAAGAAGCAGAGACAAACCCUCAGAAAGAUGGUCAUUGACAUGGUGUUGGCCACUGACAUGUCAAAACACAUGAGUCUGCUGGCUGACCUGAAGACCAUGGUGGAGACGAAGAAGGUCGCCGGCUCAGGCGUCCUCCUGCUGGACAACUACACAGACAGAAUCCAGGUGUUGCAGAACCUAGUGCACUGCGCCGACCUGAGCAACCCCACAAAACCUCUGGCCCUCUACAGAAAGUGGGUCGAUAGAAUUAUGGAGGAGUUUUUCGUCCAGGGUGAUAAGGAGCGAGAACAAAACAUGGACAUCAGUCCAAUGUGUGAUAGGCAUUCAGCAACAAUAGAGAAGUCACAGGUUGGCUUCAUCGACUACAUUGUGCACCCGUUGUGGGAAACGUGGGCCGACCUGGUCCACCCAGACGCACAAGACAUCCUGGACAACCUGGAGGAGAACAGGGACUGGUACCAAGGGAUGAUUCCUCCGAGUCCGCCGGCGGUGACGGAAGACGAAGCUGCUGGCGGCUCAUCUGGGGAGGGAGGCAUCCGGUUCCAUGUGACCCUGGAGGAGAACGACGCGCCCGAGGAAGAGGAGGGCGGCGAAGAGGCCGAAGAAGAGGAAGCAGGUGCCUCCGAGGAUGGAAUGUGACGGAGAUUGGUUGGAUUCUGCAGGAAACUGCACGAGAAAAUGCAGCAGUGGUGGUUUCGGAGCAAAUGAUGCAUAAGAAUAUCUUUUUAUUGUGAGAGAAAAAGAGAAGAAUUAAUAUUUGUAUAACUGAGAGGAGGAAUAAGACACACAGCAACCAUUUCAUGAUGACAUAUUUAUUUUUACACUCUAUCUUGCGCAGAUUUUUGAACACGAUUAUUUCAAAUGAAAGAUGCACUGGAAAAGUUUCUUUCAACGUAUUCGGCAUAGUUGCUGGAGUCCGAAGUUGCUCCUCCCAAUUUCAUUCAUUUGCUCUCUAUUUUUCAAUAUGCCACUCGUUUGUACGCUGUUGCUAGUUCUUUUGUUGUCAUUCAUCAUUAACACAAAGUGUUUUAUAUUUUUGAAAAAGAAAAAUACUUUCAUCCGCGCGGCCCCGAAGAGUUUUGUUCUCCUCUUUCUUACAAGCAGGCCUUGUAAUAUCAUAUCUCAUACAAAGUGUAGUGGUUAUAAAAUUAUUUUAAUUUCACGGAUUUCCUUUGUCAAGAGAGAUAAUCCAGCAAUACCAAAGAAUGAAUUACACAAAAAUUAACGUUAAUUGCACCCCCGCAGACGAGUUGACUCUGUCCAGCCUUAAGUUGAUCGAUGGCGCGGCGCCGCCGCACCCCCCGAUGCAGGACAUUGGGUGGUGCGGCCGGCGUGUCCGAGAGUGAGGCUAAAAUAUUUAUAAGUUGAGAUGCACACACACAAAACAAAAACACUCGAAACCCAAAUCCUGGUGUGUUUGUGAGCAAAAAAAUGAACUGCGCUUGCUUCUUUGUUGUUAUUAUUAUUUCGGAGAGGUGAAAAGUUAAAUACACACACAUACAUUUAAAAGUAAUUUAGACGAAAAAUGCUGCUGCGAUGAUAUUUAAUUAAUGAGUGUGGAAUGUUUACCAUAACAAAAACAGAAAUAAAAAAAACUUACUGUACGUAUUUGAUGCGGAUGUGUAUAAAAUUGAAAAUACUAAAUUAACACAGAUGUGUACUAUUUAGAGCUCAUUUUAGUGAACAAGGAAAUCUAUAGCGAGUGAUAUUUUAGUAUUUAGCCACUUAUGUUGGACGUUCUCAUGUAUUUUAAUUUUGAAAAAGAAUAUGAUAAGCUGGAGUUGUAACAAAAAUAUUAUACGUCUUUUCGAUGCUGGUCAUUGGAAGAUUGAUUAUUAUGCAACAAGUGGACUAAAAGUGGAAAAAUCUUGAGUUCAAUUUGAAGCAUUGCUACUUUGUGGUACAAGCAGGGUCUUUACAAAUACACAUGCACUCUUUUUGCGUUUUACCUUUUUAAAUCAGACCGAUUUUGUUUUAAUAAACAUAAUAUUUAAUGACAUUUUAUCGCACAAUUGAACGCAAAAUUUUACUUUCUGCAUGCGCCUGUUUAGUUACGUACAAAAACAAAAAUGUAAUUCAGAAUUUGUGAAGACACACAAAAUAAUUAUAUACGAUUAUCCUUUCGGUUCAUUAAUAAACACGUAUAUAUGUGAUUAAAUUCAGACUUUGGCUGACUUUCAGAUUAAUUGGUAAAACUCCAUAUCAAACAGGUCAGCGAAAAAAGAAUCAUUGUGGCAGUGUCAGUUUUACACACAAAAAAUUAAAGCGCUCGUUAGCAACUUUAGGACCUACCCUAACAUUAUGCAUAAAUUCUUACCUAGGACUUAGUUUCGGUGAUUUGAAUUGAUGGACUGAAGCAAAAAUUGAAAAUAUUGUAAAAAAAAAAAAAACAUGCAAAUUAAGCUUUCUCUCGAUUUAACCUUUGAUCGUUUUUGCGCGCGCGGUAACCAGUAUUAUAAUUAAAUUAACAAAUUAUUUUGCAAACAGAGAAUACAUACUGAUGGUGUAAUAUGUGUGUUGAAAAUAUUCGCUGGUCAGGGCCAUAUUGAAUUGAAGAAUAUAUAAGCAGAAAAUAAAUGAAUAAAAAAACAGUAACUGUUCCACUAUAGAAGCGUAUUUUUCAAACCUCUCUCGGUGUACAGAAAGAAAAGUAGUUGAUGAUUAUUAUAUUAUAUAUUUAAAGAUGGAUUAUUUAUGAAAUUUACAGGCAGUAUGACGAAAACACACAUUUGCACGCACAGGAAUAAACAAACAAAAAAUAGCAAAUGUCGUUGAUUAAUUUUGUUGAUGUUGUCGCCAGCAGUGUGUUACAUUAUGUCUGUUUUCUGCGCGCGAAAAGAUCACAGAUCCGCCGGCAGACCCACACCACCUCUCAAAAUGAGAUGCACCCUGUGUAUAAUAAUUAUAUUUGCUGAUUGUGUUGGUGAUAGAGCUCGCGGACAUUAUUUUUACUAUGCAUUGCGAGACGAGAUGCGCGGAAAAGAAAGAAUCAAAACCACUAAAAAGCCACCAAUAAUAUCCUGUUGAAUAAUCUUUGGUAUUUCAAUGUUUGUGUAAGUGUAAGCAGGUGUAUAAUUAAACGAGAAAAAACAGACAAACAAACAAACACACACACAGCAGAAGUAUAUAAAAACUAUACGUGUAUGUUGGAUUCAGUUGCGUAACGCGAAUAUGGUGGUGAUAAUAAUUAAGGUAUAUUAAAAGAUGAGAGAGAAUAAUUAACACAUUUGUUGUUGCAGUUGUUAUACGAUUUCAAUUCGUUUUGUAUCCAAACUGAAAGCAGCCUCUCGCCUCUGCCGCAAAAUUCAUAACACAAUGUUGCGGCAAUUAAGCGAGUAGUUCCUGUCUACGUUCAUUUACGAGACAAAUACCACAAUUUUAAAUCUGUGUCUUUUUCUAUCGAUUGUGUUUCGAAACUCGUUCUAGAGACCGUCUUUUAGUUUUACGUUAUUGACUUUACAUAUAUUGUGAACUCCUCCUCCGUCACCAAAUUUAUUUAUUGGAUUUAUUUCUUGUGGACUUUCGAAAACAUCAAAAUAUGUUUGUGUGCUCACCAGGAAAUAAAAAUUUAAAGUUUCCUAAA